AGUAAAUGAGGGGGGUGAGAGGAAGUGGCAGUAAAGUUCUUUUGCGCUGUGUGUGUGUGUGUGUGUGUGUGUGUGUGUGUGUGUGUGUGUGAUUGAGCAGCAGUAGUUUGAUGUAAUAGAGGGGAGGGGCGAGUCAGUCCGCCUACGCGGGCUUUGUGUUGAUGUUCAGGUGGUGCAACAGCGCUGACAGUCCGCGACCAGAGCAACACCAGAGAACAGCAUUCCCAACAACACCCAUCCUCCAUAAAGACAGGAAGAGAGGGAGAGAAAGGAGAAAGAGGACAGACGGUGUUUUGGGCGAUUUGACUGUAAGGGAGUGGAGCUGGACUGAAUCAUGGCCACUUCAACGUCUUGCACGGGCUCCACACUGCUGCAGCCAAUUAGCAAGAUUAUUGAUCUGCCACUGGACCAGGUGAACUUUGUGGUAUGCCAGCUCUUCGCCCUGGUCACGGCCUUCUGGUUCAGACUCUACCUGCACCCUAGCAAGACGAGUCCCUUCAUCCGGCAUGUAGUCGCCACCCUGCUGGGCUUCUAUUUGGCCCUCUUCUGCUUUGGCUGGUAUGCCUUACACUUUCUGGUACAGAGCGGUCUCGCUUACGGCGUUAUGAUCUUCACAGGCGUGGAACACAUGCACAAAUACUGCUUUGUGGUUACGCUGGGAUAUCUCAGUUUCUGCCAGGUCACAAGAGUCUAUGUGUUUGACUACGGCAUGUACUCAGCAGACUUCACUGGGCCCAUGAUGGUCAUCACACAGAAGAUCACAAGUUUGGCCUUUGAGAUUCAUGAUGGGUUGAUGAAGAGGGAGGAGCACCUAAAGCCCAGUCAGAAGUAUCUUGCAGUCAGGAAGAUGCCCAGUCUGCUGGAGUAUCUGAGUUAUAACUGUAACUUUAUGGGGAUCUUGGCUGGCCCGACCUGCUCCUAUAACGAUUACGUAGCCUUUAUAGAAGGCCGAUGCUACGAGCCCAAGCACCUGGAGUCAAACGGCAAAGAGAAUGGGAAAUUCAAGCAGAGUGACCCUUCACCUAAGAGGGAUAUGAUCCAGAAAGUGUGCACGUGUGCUCUGUCACUAAUGGUUUAUUUGGUGAUCUACACCGCCUGCCCUACGGAGCGCGUCAUCAACGACACCUUUAUGGCCUCUAACCCUUUCUACAUCCAGGUCUUGUACCUCUAUGGCAAGAAUUUUGAAUGGUUUUGAACAAUUUUGAAAAUGCUCACCGUGGCUGCAUUUAUUGAUCAAAAAUACAGUAAAAACAGUAAUAUUGUGAAAUAUCAUUACAAAUUCAAAUCAAUCUUUUCCAUUUUCAUAUAUUUUAAAAUGCCAUUUAUUCAAUUUUAUAAUUGAAUAUUUUAUGACAAAGCUGAAUUUACUCCAGUCUUUAGAUCAUUUAUGUUUGAAAUGUUACAUUUUACUGUCAAAGUCCUUUUUUGAGCUUUUAAAGUCAUACAAUUUCCUCUUUUUCAGGUAAGACACAAUGUGAGGCAACACUUCCUGGGCUCCGCCACGCUCAAGCUCAUGUAUGACGUGAUCACGUGGUUCAGCACACAGAUGGCCAUUUGUUACACUGUUGUGCCAUUUGUACUGCUGGCAGUGGGGCCUUCACUAAAGUUUUAUAGCUCGUGGUACUGCUGCAUUCACCUGCUCUGCGUCUUGCUGGUGCUGGUUUUACCCGUGAAGUCCAGACGCACGAAACAACAGGCCAGUGAGCACAACUGUCUCUCCUCUCCUGACAACAACUGCAACCAGAAGCAGAAAGCCACAUGAGGGCAGGAAGGGCUGCUCGACCCGCACACAGCGCUGUGAGGAACUCUGAUAUCAAUACUGAGAGACACAGAGCGGCCAUUUCCUCCCUGAGAUCCAACGACACUGACAGAGACAUAAACUCCAGCAACAAUACAGCGAAAAGAGACCGUUAGUCGCCCUGUUGGAGAUGGGUUUUAAACAGGAAAUCUUCAUAGGAUCAUAUGAAAUUGGGUGAUUGAUUAUUAAAAUGGUGAAUAAUUGAUUUCAUUGCCAGUUAAUCUGAAGUUGCCUUAAACACUCCAUAUAUUUAGGGCCUGAAGCCUCGUAUGGGGAUCGUGUUACAUAGGAACGGACCAGUCAUUGUUGGCUUAUUGAUUCACUACAUUAGUGCAGGAAGUCUAGCACUGGAAUCAACUUCUACGGUACCUAGAAGGUUUCUGCCAUUGUCAGUUUAACAAAGUAACCUCUCUUUUAGUUCUUCUCAAAGGAAAUGUGUGUGGUAAAUGGUAAGAAACCAGUUGCGUGUUGCCAAACUUAUAGGCCUUAGGUUCCUAUCUCUUGCCUUUGUUUCAUCUUUAUUCUUUCUUAAUUUCUGUGGGUUUCUAGUAGGUUCAUAUCUGCUGCUUUCUUUCUCAGCCUUUGUCAACAUCUUUGGAACAAGGGUCAACCGUAAGAGUGUGUUGUCAUUUGGAAAAUUUUUGCUAUAAUUUUUCAGUUAUUUUUGUUUAUUAUUAUUAUUAUUUUUUUUAUUUUGGUUGGAUUAAGGGUUAUAUUAAUGCUCUUUUUUUAAUGGGUUGUAGGUUUCCUCAGGGCGCACAGUUCUUGUUUUAGACCAUUUUAGAUUUUCCUCUAACAUCUGUGUUUCUCCCGCUACAUAGAGCCCAUCUGGAGAAAACAGAAGACAGUUCAAUAAUAUUCAAUACCACAGCUUGUUUGUGUUUUUAUGUUACAGACAGAUAUGGUAAGUGCAAUAACUAUAUUGUUUCCUUAGGUGCAUGUUAAUGGAAAAAGCUUUGCAAAUAGUGCUAAUGCUCUUAUCACAUCAACAAUAGUCAGAAUUUUGUAGUGGUUCAGUAUUUAAGUACAUUACCAGCAAAAAGUUGGGACAAAUCAGAUUUGUAAAGGUGUAUGCUUGAAAUGAGUAAAUAUGAUUAUAAAUUGUGCCAACAUAGUAAUUCCUUAAAACUAAAAUAUGUAGUUUUAAUAAGUGUUUUUUAUUUAUCUUUUUU